UUUACUUGCAAUAUUCAGUCUAUUUUGAACUGAGAUAAUGUCGACUAACAACAUCACUGUGGAUGAUAUAAUUGCCGAUUCAAGACCCGAUUCAAUAUAUCAUCAAGAAUCCAGCGAUGAGAACAUUGAUAGAAGAAUUAAAGAAAUAAAAUAUGUGAGAAAAAUGAACGAAGAAAGCCCUGGUUGCUCUACUGUUGACUUGCAUCCAGCUCAUGUUGUGGCUAGCACUGAAUAUUCUGUCGAAUGCAGAGCAGAUGAUGGUUGUGAGAGCUCCCUUGGAAAAGAGGAAAGCACUCAGAGAGGUGAAUGUAUCCAUAACUUGAGACAACCUAAACCUGGAAAGCCUGAUUCUGUACAACGUGCAAGAAAAAGACAGAUUCCACAGCAGCUUGUCGAUGUUAGAGAACCUCUAAAAGAUAUGAAUUGUACUGCAGAAAAGACAAUCGAAUCAUUGCCUAAUAACAAGGUCAGUAUGGCAAUGUAUCGUAGCAGGUCAACUCGACCCCAAGUCAACUCAACCCCCAUAUAAGUGUAGGUAUUGUCCAUAUGUCUGUGUCGGUGACACACUGCGUGUGCUGUCCCACAAAAACACUUGAAGAUUUCCCAGAAUAGAUAUGAAGCAGAUCUAUUUAGUUUAGU